AGCGGGGACCGCGCGCGGGUAUGAAGCUGGAGGUGUUCGGACCCCGCGCGGCCCCGGCGGACAAGCCGGGCAGUGACCUGGAGGGCGCCGGCGGCAGCGACGCGCCUUCCCCGCUGUCGGCGACCGGCGACGACUCCCUGGGCUCGGACGGGGACUGCGCGGCCAACAGCCCGGCGGCAGGCGGAGACGCCGGGGAUCCGACGGGCGGCGGCGGCGAGGAGAAUGCGGACGGAGGCCCGGGACCGCGAGACGAGGCCCGGGCGGCGGCGGGCGAAGCGGGGGCGAGCGCGACGGGGCCAGGCGCAGGGGGCGGCGAGAGCGCGCGCGCCAAGCCGUACACGCGGCGCCCCAAGCCCCCCUACUCGUACAUCGCGCUCAUCGCCAUGGCCAUCCGAGACUCGGCGGGCGGGCGCCUGACGCUGGCCGAGAUCAACGAGUACCUCAUGGGCAAGUUCCCCUUCUUCCGCGGCAGCUACACGGGCUGGCGCAACUCGGUGCGCCACAAUCUCUCUCUCAACGACUGCUUCGUCAAGGUGCUGCGCGACCCCUCGCGGCCCUGGGGCAAGGACAACUACUGGAUGCUCAACCCCAACAGCGAGUACACCUUCGCGGACGGGGUCUUCCGCCGCCGCCGCAAGCGUCUCGGUCACAGGGCAGCGGCCUCCGCGCCCGAGCUACGGCCCGAGGACACCCCGGGGCGCCCCUCGGCUGGGCCCGGGCCCGCCGCGCGCGCAUCGCCCCCCGCGCGGUCGCCAGCCCGCCAGGAGGGACGCGCCAGCCCCGCGGGCAAGUUCUCCAGCUCCUUCGCCAUCGACAGCAUCCUCAGCAAGCCCUUCCGCAGCCGCCGCGACAGGGACGCGGGUCCCGGGCUCUCGGGGGUGCAGGUGCCGUGGGGCACUGUGCCCUGCCCGCCGCUGCCCCCGUACCCCGCGCUGCUGCCCACGGCGCCUGGCGGGGCCCUGCUGCCGCUGUGUGCGUACGGAGCGGGCGAGACUGCACUGCUGUGCGCCCGCGGGGCAGAGACGCAGCCCGCAGCUCCCCUGGCCACGCAGCACCUCCUGCUCGCGCCGGUGUCGGUCGCGGGCCCGGCUAAGGCGUUCCGGGGCACUGCGGCCGGCGGCGGCGGCGGCGGCGGCGGCGGCGGCGGCUACUGCCCCCUGCGGCUGCCCGCCGCCCUGCAGGUGGCCUCAGCCUGUGGUCCCGGCCCGCAAUUGCCCUACCCGGUGGAGACGCUGCUGGCCUGAGCCGCCGCCCAGCGCAGCAGGGGUGGGCGCCGUCGGGGAGAUGGGGAGCCAGGCUCGGGCUGUGCACUUUCUACACAGAGGAAAAGACUUUUUUAAAAAAUCUCCGUCAAACGUGCCUUAAAGCUAAGCAUUUUGAAAGAAGUGUUUUAACUUAGUCCAAAAUAUUUUCCUUUGUCUUUUAUAACCUUACAGAGGACCAAAGCAGUUCUUAAUUGCUUUAAUAUCUUGGCUAAGCCUGUCCUCUCUCGUAAAAACUUUUCCUCUCCUUAUUACCCAGGCUCCUAUAAUUCCUAUUUUUAUUGCACCUUCCAUUGAUUUACACCCCCUCCCCAGAAAAAAAGGAACAUCAGGGAACCGUUCCAUAGGGCAAAUGAUAUGACUACUGUUUGGGGUCCACGGGACCCCGCGAGUGUACGUGUGUGGCAUUCGUAAGCGUAACUGUCCGAGGUGUCAGAGAAUCUUCGUCAUUUCUCUGCUGUCGACCGAUGCUUCACUGUGCCAAACGAAGAAAAGGAAAUGUUGGCGUUUUUUAAUUAAAUUAUUUAUAUAUUUUUGAAAUCUGAUUUGAAAAUGUUGCAGGCAACGGCUACAGCUUUAUUAGUAGUUCUGAACUGUGGUCUCCUCGGGCCAAGCAGUUUCUUUAAAGGAGAAGUGGACAUGUUUGUGGGCAGCCAGGACCACUGCCACUCGAAAGCAAGUGUGAUUUUUAUUUUUAAUAUUAUUUUAUUUGUGUUUCUGUACAUAUUCAUGUAUAAAUUUUAUGAAACCCAAGCAUAGUGCUUAUUUUUUAAUAAAACUCACAAUUGACUUACACAUUUCUUGGUGAUGAGUUGGAGGCAGAAAGUUUUUGGGUUUUUUUUUUUUUCUUUUUUAUCCCUAUUACCCCCCAAAUGGAUUUAGGUUUAUGUCCCAAGAAACUUCAUUGUGGGAUCAAAAUCUUUUUGGGAGUAAUUAAGUAAAAGCAGAAGCAGCUGCCGCCUUCCUGACCAAGCACCACUGCAUGUCUUUUUAGGGUGGACCCUCUGUUGAUGAGCUUUCCUAGAGCCAAAGCCAGUAAUUCUUCAAGCCUCGGCUGGAGAGUUCCCAGAGAAGUGUCUACUUUCUCCCCAGAAAGCCUUCCACUGAGAG